UGCAUGCAUGUGUUGUAGGCAAAUUUACUGGUUAUGCAGAAAUCGCUUAGAAGAAAUGGAGAAGACUAAUGCCGAGGAGGAAGAACUAAUUGCCAGUAGAAGCUUAAUAGACUUGGUGUUGUCUUGGUCUCUUGGGGAUGUUCUCAAUAAACAUCUUUUCGAAAAUCAGGUUAAAAAGAUCCCAAAGACAUUCUCGUCAGUGACAAAUUACAAGAAGUCAUUCGUUCCUUCAUUAAUUGAGGAAACGCAUGCUGAUUUGUUUGAAAACAUAACAGCAGUGUCUCAAGCACCUGCUUGGGAAAUAGACUCUGUUGAGAUAUCUAGAGAUUUUGAACCUCCCAAAGACUUGUUUUAUGAAAUUACAUUAGUGGAGAGCGAUGAAGAUAGUGAUGACUCAGAGAGCGAUGAAGAUACUGAGAAAGAUGAAGAAGAAAAAAAUGAACCUCAAAAAGGUGAUGUUAUUGCCUUGACUGAUGUUAUACCAAAAUGCAUUGACGAUUUGAACAGGCCGAAGAGAUUCUAUCUUAUAGCUUAUGUUCUUGGGCCAAGACACAUAUUGACUGGUACGAUCCCGAUUCUGGCAUCAAAACCCAUUUGGACUGAUCAAGACGUGCACAAGUACGAGAACAAGAAACAACCACUUUUUGCAGUUUAUCUUAUGAAUUUGAUUACAAAUGUUCGUAUAUGGCGUGCACUAAACCCACCGAAAGGGGGAAACACAAACAUCAUUGAAACAGUACUGCAAGCCAAUUCAGCUGAUUGCUUUUCUAAAGGAAAAAACAGUCCUGCUCCUGCCCCUUCUUAUUUACAGAACAUGAUCAGCUCUUUUAAUCUAAAUGACUCUCAAGAAGCUGCGGUUUUAAGCUGCAUUAGUAUGAGAGACUGCAAUCAUCAGAAUCCUGUCAAUCUAAUAUGGGGUCCUCCAGGGACCGGGAAAACAAAGACCGUUGGUGUGUUAUUACAUGCCCUCCUUAAAAUGAAGUGCAGAACAUUAACUUGUGCUCCAACUAACAUUGCGGUUUUGGAAGUUACAAAACGGCUGCUGAGUUCGGCUAAGCAUUCGCAAGGGUAUAACACAUACGGGCUUGGAGAUAUAGUUUUAUUCGGGAAUGGUAAGCGAAUGAAGAUUUAUGAUCGUAAAAAAAAAAAAAAGAAGAUUGCUUAUCGUACAGAGCUUCUUGAUGUGUUUCUCGACUAUCGUGCUGAUGCGCUUAAUGAGUGCUUAGCUCCUAAAUCUGGCUGGAGAAAUGGCUUAGAAUCAAUGAUAUCUUUGCUUGAUGACCCUAUAUCGCAGUACUCAAUAUACUAUGUAAAAAGAGAGGAAGAAAAAAGGGAGGAGGAAAAAAGAAGGGAGGAAAGAAGAGAGGAAGAAAAAAGGGAGGAGGAAAAAAGAAGGAAGAAAAAAAGAAAAGGAAAAAAAAGAAAGGAAAAAAAAAGGAAGGGGGAUGAUGAGCUCAAAAAGAAGGACGAUGAUUAUCCUUUCACAUUUGAGGAGUUUUUAAAGGAGACAUUCUUUUCAAUUCAUAAGCAACUGAAUUUUUGUAUGGUUAAUUUGUAUACGCACUUACCAACUGCUCUUCUACCGUUAGAUGUAGUGAAAAAGAUGAUGGGCGCUAUGAAUUUGCUUCAAUCUCUUGAAACUUUGUUGCAUGGUGUCAGUGUGCCAAAUGAAGGGUUAUCACAAGUUGUCAAUUUUUUCCUAGUCACAGGAAGCAUGAGAGAAGAGUGCCUUGAUGUACUAAGAGAUCUGCAAUUAUCUCUGACAUCCUCUGUUCCAGAUUUAGGUAACUGUUCAAUAACAAACUUUUGCUUGGAAAACGCAUGCCUAGUGUUCUGCACUGCAUCAAGCUCCGCUAAAUUAAACAGAACUGAAGGAAGCAUGGAAUUUUUGGUUAUCGAUGAAGCUGCUCAGCUUAAAGAAUGUGAAUCAGCUAUUCCUUUACAGCUAUCAGGCGUCCGCCAUGCUAUUCUCAUAGGGGAUGAGAGGCAACUCCCUGCGUUGGUUAAAAGCGAGAUAUCCGACAAGGCUGAAUUUGGAAGAAGUUUGUUCAAAAGACUUGUCAUGUUGGGGCACCAGAAGCACCUUCUUAAUGUCCAGUACAGAAUGCAUCCAUCCAUCAGCUUAUUUCCAAACACAGAGUUCUAUGACAAACAGAUUUCAGAUGCUCCACAUGUUAAAGAAAGAGACUACGAGAAGCGUUUCCUUCAGGGCAACAUGUACAGCUCCUACUCUUUUAUAAGUAUUGCUCAGGGAAAGGAGCAAUUUGGUCGAGGGCACAGUCCCAAGAAUAUGGUUGAGGCUGCUGCGGUCUCUGAGAUAGUUGACAAUCUUUUUAAACAAUUCCGUGACACAAAGAAGAAGGUUAGCAUAGGAGUCAUAUCACCAUAUAAGGCUCAAGUAUCUGCAAUUGAGGAGAGGGUCGGGAAAUACAGAAAGUUUGGUAGUGGCUUCUCUGUGAGUGUUCGUUCUGUUGAUGGGUUCCAAGGAGGUGAGGAUGAUGUAAUAAUUAUCUCUACUGUAAGAUGUAAUGGGAGUGGAAGAGUAGGUUUUCUUUCCAACCGACAAAGAGCAAAUGUGGCACUGACUCGAGCAAGGUAUUGCCUUUGGAUUUUGGGGGAUGGGGGUACUUUACUAAAGAGUGACACUGUUUGGAAGAAACUAGUCCUUGAUGCCAAGCAACGUGGGUGUUUCUAUGAUGCCAAUGAGGACAAGAACUUGGCUCAGGCAAUUACUGCUGCAUUGGUGGAGCUUGAAAAGCAUGAUAUUUUACUCAAUAACGACUCUCUGCUGUUCAAAGAGCAUAUAUGGAAGGUUUUCUUCUGCAAUGAUUUCCAGAAAUCUAUUGCAAGGACUAGCAAUGCAGAGAUUCGUAAGGAAGUUAUGUCUCUUUUGGCAAAGCUUUCAAGUGGUUGGCGUCAGCCCCACGAGGAGAGAAACCUCAUUGUCCAUUAUGGGACUUCUUCGCAACUUUUAGAGAUUUACAAGGUCGAUGAGCUGCUGAAUCUGGUUUGGACUGUCGAUAUUCUCAAAGAGGAUUCAUAUCACAUUCAGGUUAUGAAGGUUUGGGAUGUUUUGCCAUUAUCUGACAUACCAAGACUAGCAAAGCAGCUUGACAUCUUAUUUGGGAGCUAUACAGUGGAUAAGAUGCAUCUCUGCAAACACAUAUGUGUUGAGGGGAGUUUGGUUGUUCCAAAGAGAUGGCCAGUGGACUCAAGUAGUAGUGGUCCUAAAGUCGAUAGUAUGUGGUACCUCUCAAAACCAUUAUCCUCACUUAGUCUGAGGGAUGAGUCAGAAGCAUCAACCGUAACUCAAAGGUGGCUGUACAGGAACCUCAGCAGUGUGCCAGGCUUACAAGAACUGUAUGGCUUACAAGAACUAGGCUUUGUUGGCAGAUCAACAAGCAUUGGAUCAGCAGAGACUGAAGAAAAUAGCAGCUAAUUAUUAUGGCUAAGGGAUAUAUGUUUGAGUCUUCAUGAGAUGAAAUUAAGAUUGCUAGUAGAUUAUUUACAAGGUUUUUGAAAAUUUUAUUUGUAUGUUGAAAUGCAUUCAUAGUAAACUAAUGUAAA